AUGCGGGCUUCCCGGUGGAUCUGGAUUGCCGCCACAUUCCUCACCUCGACCGUCCACUCGACAGAGACAGCACCCUUCACCGCAGCAGAAGAGGCCACAGCCAACAAGCGAGCCUUUGAAGUCCUGCGCAUUCUCAGACGAGACGUAAACAAUUGCCCUAGCGGCUACAACCCCUGCACUGAACUGGGCAACUCCAACGCAUGCUGCAAGUACGGAACGAACUGCUCACGCGAUGAUGCCAACAACAUCGCCUGCUGUGCAAGCGGGGCAAGCUGCACCGGCAGCCUAACAGGCACGAAGACGACAGGUGCUAGUACCGUGUUCAUGUUCCCCAGCGGCGCAAGCGCAACCACCACUGAGAGCGGGGCAGCGUCUACUACCGGGUCGACGCUGGACGGCGCAUACCCAUUUGUUGUCGUCCCAACCGCUUUUAGUAAUGCUGAUACUUGCUCGUCCUACUAUUCCGUGUGUCAGUCAGAGUACACACAGUGCGCUGGUGCGCUGAUGGGCCGCUACGGUGUCACUAUUGGCGGUGCUGGGGGAGGCAAGACGGUUGAGGCUGUCACGGCUGCGUCGCAGGCGACUUCCAUUUGCUCGAGUUUGAGUGCGGAGGCUUGCCAUGGUAUUAACUUAGCGUAUUGCAGCAGCGUCGCAACACAAACUGGCAGUUCAGAGGUCAAUGGGAAUGAUGCCUCUCCUGUGCGGAUGUCGAGUCUCCAUGAUCUGGUCUUCGGGCUGGCGGUUGGUGUUGCGGGUAUGUUUAUAUGA